AUGUUUCGGAGCAAGCGAACCUCAUUGAUUAAACGUUUGUGGAAAUUAAGGAUUAAAAACGAGCAUGAAACCUCAUGUCAAACUCAAGAGUUUGACCUGGAACCUGAUGGUUGUCUUUCUAAUAUCGAUGCCAGUAGUGAGGGCUGUGGAUGUUGCAAUAGUAGAGCCAGUCGAACUGAAAUUCUAGUGAGAACUAACUUAUUAAAGAAAUUGGAAGAGCAUCAGUUGGAAAUGUUAAUUCAGGCUGUCGAAAGUAAAGGAGCUGAUUUAUCAGCAUGCAUUUUGUUACCUCGAGACAUUGUCGGAACUGCAGAUGUUGAUCCUCAUGUACUGUCUUGUCAAGUGUGGAGAUGGCCUGGCUUACGAGAAUCUUCACAAAUAAGAAGACUGCCAGGUUGUUGCUCUUCAAAGGAUGCAGUGUAUACAUGCCUUAACCCCUAUCACUGGAGUAGAUUGUGUCAGCCAGAAUCGCCUCCUCCACCGUAUUGUAGGUUCGCUAGCGAGUGUUUAAAACCUGAAGGCAUUCAUUGA